UGACAUUUUCGCAGUUGUUGUCGGCGGUGUUGUUUCGAAACAUCGGAAGAUCCUCCCAGCAGUGUAACUGUGUAACUGGCUUCAACACAGUCGUGACAGAUCGAGAAGACCAUUUCACUUUCCUUCCGGAUUUUGCCCCAACGCGAAGGAUGUUGGCGGUUCUUAAAGCUUAACUUUCACAAACCCGCUUGGAGCUAUCAGCUAUAAAAUGAGGAGUCGCAGCAAUUCUGGUGUUAAACUUGACAACUAUGCUCGGAUAGUUCAUCAGACUAUUCUGUGUCACCAAGACCCAGUGACCGGUCUGUUGCCAGCAAGCAAAGAGCAGCCUGACGCCUGGGUGAGGGACAAUGUCUACAGCAUCCUGUCUGUCUGGGCUCUUAGUUUGGCUUACAGAAAGAAUGCAGACCGGGAUGAAGACAAGGCUAAAGCCUAUGAGCUUGAGCAGAGUGUGGUUAAGCUAAUGAGGGGACUGCUACAGUGCAUUAUGCGGCAGAUGGACAAAGUGGAGAAGUUCAAGUAUAGUAAGAGCACAGUGGAUAGCCUCCAUGCCAAGUACAACAUUCAAACCUGCGGUACUGUGGUGGGUGACAUGGAAUGGGGGCAUCUCCAGCUUGAUGCUACCUCCCUCUACAUGCUCUUCCUGGCUCAGAUGACUGCCUCAGGGCUUCACAUUGUGUACACUCAGGAUGAAGUGGAUGUGGUCCAGAAUCUGAUGUUUUACGUUGAAGCUGCGUACAAAGUGGCUGAUUAUGGGAUGUGGGAGAGAGGAGACAAAACCAAUCAGGGGAUCCCCGAGCUCAAUGCUAGCUCCAUCGGCAUGGCUAAAGCAGCACUUGAAGCCCUAGAUGACUUGAAUUUAUUUGGGGCCAAAGGGGGGCCAGGUUCUGUGGUUCAUGCCUUGGCAGAUGACAUCCAGCACUGUCAGUCUGUUCUGAGCUCCAUGUUGCCUAGAGCCUCAACAUCUAAAGAGGUGGAUGCUGGGCUGCUGUCCAUCAUUUCUUAUCCAGCCUUUGCUGUGGAAGACAUUGAGUUAGUAAACAUUACUAAGGAGGAAAUCAUCUCUAAACUCCAGGGAAGAUAUGGCUGUUGUCGUUUCCUAAGAGAUGGCCACAAAACUCCUAAAGAGGACCCCAACAGGCUGUACUAUGAAUCUGCUGAGCUGAAGCUCUUUGAAAAUAUUGAAUGCGAGUGGCCGCUUUUCUGGACCUACCUGAUUCUGGACGGCAUCUUUAUCAACAGUCCCGAGCAGGUGCAGGAGUAUCGAGAAGCUCUUGAAGGUAUCAUGAUCAAACAAAAAGAUGGGAUACGAUUGCUGCCUGAACUUUAUAGUGUUCCUCCUGAUAAGGUGGAUGAGGAGUAUGUUAAUCCUCAUUCAGUAGAGAGGAUCCCAAUGGGAAAAUGCCCUCUAAAGUGGGGCCAGUCACUCUAUGUCCUUGGCAACCUAUUGGCAGAGGGUUUCCUGGCUCCUGGAGAGAUAGACCCUCUAAACCGAAGGUUCUCUACCAUCCCUAAACCUGAUGUUGUUGUUCAAGUGUCCAUCCUUGCUGAGAAUGAGGAUAUUAAGGCAAUCCUGGUGAAGAAUGGGAUUGAUGUGGAGACAGUAGCAGACAUUCACCCUAUCAGAGUGCAGCCAUCUCGAGUUCUCAGCCACAUUUAUGCUAGACUAGGGCGUAAUGAAAGGCUGGGAUUGACUGGCAGACCUUAUCGUCGGAUUGGUGUUUUGGGAACCUCCAAGCUCUACAUCAUCCGCAAAACCAUCUUUACCUUCACACCUCAGUUCAUAGAUCAUCAGCAGUUCUAUCUGGCCCUAGACAACAAGAUGAUAGUGGAAAUGUUACGCACUGAUCUCUCUUAUCUGUCCUCGCAUUGGAGGAUGACAGGCCGCCCUACCGUCAGCUUUCCAAUCUCCCAGACCAUGCUUAAUGAAGACCACACAGGCUUGGACCCUGCUGUUCUGGCUACUCUUAAGAAACUACAGGAUGGGUACUUUGGAGGGGCAAGGAUACAGACUGGCAAGUUGUCAGAGUUCCUGACCACUUCUUGUUUUGCUCACCUGAGCUUCCUUGAUAGUGGUAAGACACGGUUCAGUAACAGGGGCUGGAAUGAAGAUGCUGAUGACGGAUACUUUGCAGGUGCUGUGCAUGAUCUGAACUUCAAUGAUGAUACGGAUGACCUAUCGCAGUACCUGGACCAGCUGUUAACUACAGCGGUGCCUCAGCCAGGGCUCAAGGUUGAGGCAGAUGCAGGAGGACUUAGUCGCUUCAGGGCUGCAGCCAAUAAGACACGUGAGAUGGUGUCUCUUAUGAACAAAGCCAAGGAGCUCCAAAUCCACAAUGUGCACAUGUAUCUUCCCAAUAAGCUUUUCCGCUCCCCUCAGCCUGCAUUGAAUCUGAAAGACUUUCCUGGACAACAGACCAGUCGGGGUUCAGAGGUGGCUGUGGCCUCUCAGUGUAACCUGCCACGGGACACUGAUGGUGGCAUUGACUAUAAUGGUCUGGUCCAGUUACUAAAAGACACUCAGAGCCUUCAUGACCAGGCAGACAUCCUCUUUAUACUGUUCAAAGACAAGGGAAUGGAUUGGGACACCCAGGUGCAUGGGAAAGACAGCACUGUCAAGAGUUUGCUGGUUGAGCUCUAUGAAAAAGCAGGAGAAUUGCGUUACUGGGAUCUCAUCCGCAUGAUCUCCGGCAUGCUCCGCAAGAAAGUGGAGGAACUGGACUGGGCUUGCUCAGAUUUGUUGGCCCAUCAGAAGCACUUGACAAUUGGAUUACCACCAGAGCCCAGGGAGAAGACCAUCACUGCGCCUUUGCCUCCAGACCAGCUGGCUGCACUUAUCGAUCAGGCCAGCGAGAACAACAUCACUAUCGCAAUCCUCACACAGGAGAUCAUGGUGUACCUGGCGAUGAUCAUCAGAACACAGCCCAGUUUGUUCAGUGAGAUGUUUCGACUGAGGAUCGGCCUCAUCAUUCAGGUUAUGGCAACUGAACUGGCACAGUCACUAAACUGCUCAGGCGAGGAGGCCACAGAGAGUCUGAUGAAACUGAGCCCCUCUGAGUUGAAGAAUCUUCUCCAUCACAUUCUGAGUGGCAAAGAGUUUGGUGUUCAGAGAAGUGUUCGAUCAGUUGAAACAGGUGCCAGUCCUGUCAUUUCCAUCCAUGAGGUUGGUAACGUUGGUGCCACCAAGAGCGAGCGGGCAGGCAUCAGCAAACUGAAGAGUGACAUGAAGAUGCUGGAGGAGCUCAGGUUAUCACGGUCAACCCAAAGUAAGACAUUUUCAGGUCAGUCCCUCGACAUUGAACACGCUGAGUCAUGGCGGUUCCGGAGCCCUUCAAUUGAUGCUUUUGAUGGCUCAGUGAGUGUUGGUGUGUCCCGGGACAGUCGACAGGGCCAAUGGCUGCGCAGAAGGCGGCUUGAUGGUGCUCUCAACAGAGUGCCUGUAGGAUUCUAUCAAAAAGUCUGGAAAAUUCUGCAGAAGUGUCAUGGCCUUUCUAUAGAAGGCUUUGUGCUCCCAUCUUCAACUACAAGAGAGAUGACCCCUGGUGAGAUUAAAUUUGCGGUUCACGUGGAAAGGGUGCUAAACCGUGUCCCUCAGCCGGAGUAUAGACAGCUCCUAGUGGAAGGGAUCCUGGUACUUACAAUGCUGGCUGAUGUUGACAUUCAAAGCAUUGGCAGCAUCAUCCACAUUGAAAAGAUUGUUCACAUUGCCAAUGACUUGUUUUACAAGGACCAGAAGGAUCUUGGCGCUGAGGACAGUAUUUUAGAUACAGAUUCCUCUACAGGCAUCUGUCGGCUCCUGUAUGAUACUGCACCCAGUGGUCGUUAUGGCACGAUGACUUACCUCACUAAAGCUGUGGCUACCUACGUCCAGGACUUCCUGCCUAGUGGCUCCUGUACUGUACAGUGAUAUAAUGAUGUUUUUAAAUAGUAUGGCGUGUAUUGUACAGUGAAGAGACCACUAUUUUUAGCAGUCAGAGAUACUAAUUUGAACUCAGUAUGUGUGACUACAUAAGUGUCAUUGUAGAAUGUGUGAUGGUUCUGAACAAGACUGAAUAAACUCAUCCUUGUUG